AUGUAUUCAUUGUCUUUUUGGAAUAUCUUUUUAUUGUUAUCGAUUAUCACACAUUCAUCAGCUCUUUCGUAUAAUCAACCGAAAUUUUGUCCAAAUGCAACGUGGAAUACAACUGCAAUAACUUUUGCAAGUUCAGGAACAGUUGGUGUUAGUCCUUAUGGUCUUCAUAUCGAUGGCAAUAAUACCAUCUACGUUGCUAAUCGACAAAAAAAUAUGAUCAAUGUAUGGAAUGAAGGAAGUAACAUACCUACCAGCAAUAUUUCAGGAACAUUGAACUCUCCAGCAAGUGUCUUUGCUUUGGAUUUGAAUAAUAUUUAUAUUGAUAAUGGAUUAACAAACUAUCGAAUUGAUAAAUGGUCAACGAGCUCAUUGACUAUGAACCCUCAAAUGUAUGUCUGUGCAUCGUGUUAUGGAAUAUUUAUUGAUAUUAAUAAUAAUCUUUAUUGUUCGUUAUAUCUUAAACACAAAGUUAUUUCAAGAUCAUUAAUAACACGUUUAAGUAUAUGGAAUACUGUUGCGGGAACAGGAACAGCUGGAACGACAGCAUUGACUCUCUAUUAUCCUCGUGGUAUUUUCGUUGAUAGAUAUCUUAAUCUGUAUGUGGCCGAUAGUAUUAACAAUCGAAUUCAAAAAUUUCUAUAUAAUCAAGUAACGGGAAUAACAGUCGCAGGUGCUACAGCAUCAGGAACUAUUACACUUUUAUAUCCUUCGGAUGUUAUUCUUGAUGGAAAUGAUUAUCUCUUUAUUGUUGAUAGUGGUUACAAUCGGAUCGUUGGAUCGGGAUUAUAUGGAUUCUAUUGUAUAGCUGGAUGUACAAAAGUUGCUGGUGUAACAGCGGUUCUUUUAUAUAACCCGUUAUCUCUUCGUUUUGAUAGUUAUGGAAAUAUUUAUGUUACCGAUCAAAUUAAUGAUAGAAUACAAAAAUUUGUUCUAAUAACACAAUUAUGCAAUAGUACCAAUCCAACAACUACUACUGCAACAGUUACCGCGUCUACAAGUAUCGUUGGCUCAACUACUGUAUCAUUGUCGCUCAAUGCCAUAUCAUAUAAUUUGCCAAGAUUUAGGACUAAUGAUAUAUGGAAUGGUAAUGGAAUAACAUUUGCAGAUAGUUCAAUUGUUGGUACUACACCAAAUGGGAUCUUUAUCAGCAAUAACAACAAUGUUUAUGUCACUAAUCGUGCCAAUAGUCGAGUAUGUGUUUGGGCGGGAUUGUCUGGUGCACCUACAAUAUUUACGAAUGGAUUAUAUUUACCUUACAGUAUUUUUGUUACGAUUAAUGAUGAUAUUUAUGUUGAUAAUGGAUAUACAAACAAUCGUGUCGAUAAAUGGACAGCAAAUGGGACAGUUUAUGGUACCGUCAUGACUGUCACAGAUGCGUGUUAUGGUCUUUUCAUUGAUAUUAUGAAUAAUCUCUAUUGUUCUAUGAAUAAUGAUGAUCAAGUCAUUAUGAAAUCAUUAAAUAGCAAUUCAAGUAUGUGGAUAGUCGUUGCAGGAACAGAUUGUACUACAACAGCUUCGUCGAAUACUCUUCAAAAUCCUCGUGGAAUAUUUGUUGAUACGAAUCUUAAUUUAUAUGUAGCUGACUGUGGAAACGAUCGAAUACAACAAUUUUUAUCGCAACAAUUGAGUGGAAUAACAGUGGCGGGAAGUGCAACAACAAUAACACUUGAUUGUCCUAGUGGAAUUGUUCUUGAUGGUGAUGGAUAUCUUUUCAUCGUAGAUACUAAUAAUCAUCGAAUUGUGGCAUCCAGACCUGGAAAUAUCUUUCAAUGUAUAGUCGGAUGUUCGAGUAUUGCUGGUUCAACUUCCAGUCAAUUAUAUUCUCCAUCGACAAUGAGUUUUGAUAGUUAUGGAAACAUUUAUGUUGUCGAUAGUAGUAAUAAUCGAAUACAAAAGUUUAGUUUAACUUCGAAUACUACCUAUCCUUAUUCGUUCAAUCAACCGACUCUGUGUCCAACUGUAACAUGGUCUACAAAUGGAACGACUUUUGCCAAUCAAUCAAUGAUUGGAACAAGUCCUUUUGGUAUAUUUAUUAGCAUAAAUAAUACGGUGUAUGCGGGUGAUCGAACAAAUGCUCGUAUUCAAAUUUGGUAUGAAGGAAGUCUUCUACCAAAUAGAAAUAUUUCUUUUGAUAUGAGUAAUACUAUGUUUGCUGUUGCAACAGCUUCCGGUGAUGUGUAUGUUGACAAUGGUUAUGUUAAUUUUCGAGUCGAUUAUUGGCCAGUAGGUAAAACAACGAGUACACCAAUUCUAACAACAAAUGGUCGUUGUUUUACGAUGUUUAUUGAUACUUCAAAUGCACUUUAUUGUUCAUUAUGGUUAUGGCAUCGUGUAACGAAGAAAUGGUUAAGUGAUAACGGAACAACACCGAUUCUUAUCGCUGGCACAGGUGCUGCAGGAUCAACUGCAUAUCAACUUUAUUAUCCUUUGGGUAUUUUUGUUGAUAUUAGUUUUAAUUUAUACGUUUGUGAUUGUAACAAUGAUCGAAUCCAACAAUUUCAAUUAGGUCAAACAAAUGCUGUGACAGUAGUCGGAAAUGGAGCACCGGGUACGAUCACAUUAAGUUGUCCACAGGCAGUUGCUCUCGACACAAAUGGAUACAUUUUACUCACUGAUCAAAGUAAUCGUCUUAUAAUGUCAGGAUCAUAUGGUUUUCGAUGUUUAUUGGGAUGUUCACAAACUGCUGGAAGUUCAUCUAGUCAAUUUAAUUUACCAGGCACAUUUAGUUUCGAUAGUUAUGGAAAUUUAUAUGUUGUCGAUCAAAAUAAUAAUCGAAUACAAAAGUUUUUAUUAACAUCGAAUACAUGCAAUGCAACAGUAAAACAGAAAAGUUUUUUAUCUGCUCAAUUAUGUUAUUCAAAUGGUUCGACUUUACUUGCACGUGAUACCAUUGGUUCAACACCUUAUGCCGUUUUUAUCGAUAGUUUUAACACUCUCUAUGUGGCUAGUCUGACCAAUAACAAUGUUUUGAUUUUGACUGAGGAAAGUACAACACCUAUUAUCAGUUUAUCAGGCACUUUUAGUCGACCAUAUAGUAUUUUUGUUUCAAUAACUGGUGAUAUUUAUGUCGAUAAUGGUUAUGCAAAUAGUCGAGUGGAUAAAAUUAUCAAUAGUAGUCUAUCAAAUGUGGUUUCAGUUAUGAAUAUUCCUGGCAGUUGUUAUGGUUUGUUUCUCGAUAUUAACAGUUACCUUUACUGUUCUCUACGAGAUUUUCAUCGUGUUAUUAAAAUAUUGGCUGAUGGUACUAUGAAUACGACGAUUGUUGUAGCAGGAAAUGGUUCAGCUGGUGCAUCAGCAUAUAUGUUAAAUUCACCACAAGGAAUUUAUGUUGAUAACAGUUUGAACUUGUAUGUUGCAGAUUGUAAAAAUAAUCGAAUUCAGAAAUUCUUACCUGGAAUACUCAAUGGAACAACUCUGGCUGACAAUUCAACAAUACCAGCAGUAACACUUAAUUGUCCAACAGGAAUUGUUAUGGAUACUAAUGGUUAUGUAUUUAUUGUUGAUAGUAAUAAUCAUCGAAUUCUUGGAUUAUACAUUUAUGAAGUUCGAUGUAUAAUUGGAUGUUCUGGCUCGAGUGGUUCUUCAUCAAGUACAUUAUCAUUUCCACAAAGUAUCGCAUUUGACAGUUACGGAAAUAUUUAUGUUGCCGAUCGAAAUAAUAGUCGAAUUCAAAAAUUUGGUUAUGUCCUAAGCGAUUGUCCAACAACAACUGUUAUUUCAACCACAUCGUCUUCUACAGUAUCUACAACCUCCACAAGUUCUUCGUCCACAUCGAGUUCCACAUCCUCAACAACCUCAUCAAGCUCCACAUCGUCCACAAGUUCGUCAUCAUCUACAUCGUCUACAGCCUCCACUUCUUCCACAACUGAUACAAGUUCUUCGUCAUCAUCGAGUUCCACAACAUCCACAACCUCUUCGUCUUCGUCAACAUCUUCAUCAAGCUCCACAUCAUCCACCACCUCUACGACGUCCACAACCUCUUCGUCUUCGUCAACAUCUUCAUCAAGCACCACAUCAUCCACAAGUUCGACAUCAUCUACGUUGUCUACAACCUCCACUUCUUCCACAACUGAUACAAGUUCUUCGUCAUCAUCGAGUUCCACAACAUCCACAACUUCUACGACGUCCACAACCUCUUCGUCUUCGUCAACAUUUUCAUCAAGCUCCACAUCAUCCACAAGUUUGACAACAUUCAUAACUUCUACAUCCUCCAUAAUCUCGUUGCCUUCAUCAAAUUCCACAUCAUCCACUUCUUCGACCACUUCCACAACGGAUUCGACGUUAACGUCGUCUACCACAUCUGUAACGAGCACAAGUUCAACAUUAUCGACGUCAGUAUCACUCUCAACUAGCUCGACUUCAUCUACAACCAGCACAACCAUGAGCACAUUAGAAACAACACAAACACCAGCCAUAAAUGGAAGUUGUUAUCCUCCGUCUAUCACUCUUAUUCCUGGCCAAUCAUCGUUAUCAUCUCCAUUAGUAUACCGUCGAAGUCAAGACUUCUCCAUAUCUUCCGUACUGAAACUUGCAUGUGCAAGUUCCCUUUCAACUACGAUACAAUGGUCAAUAAAAAAUUGUACUGUAAUUACUUGUGUAACUCCGAUAACUUUGAGUACGAAAAUUUCCACAACAUUAAGUGAAAUUUAUAUUCCAUCACGAACUUUGGCACUUGGUGUUUAUCAAUUCACAAUAAAUGUUAAAAUGACAAAAUCACCUCAAUAUCGAUCUUCAUCAGUUGCAUAUAUUCGAGUAACUCCAUCGGGUAUUACAGCAAAUCUUGUUGAGUUAGGAACGUCAAUGAUAACACGAGGUGAUAAACAAGAUCUUUUCUUCGAUCCAGGAACAUAUUCUGUCGAUCCCGAUGAAGAUUCAUUCGACGCAUCAAAAUGGAAAUAUGUUUAUUAUUGUCGAAUUUAUCCUCGUUAUCAAUUUCCUAAUCUUCAAGGUAUCUUUUUACCAAUCGAAGAUCUUCGAGUUGAUCCUGUCAAUCCAUCAUGUUUAUCAGGUAAUGGAACACAAUUAAUCUUUGGAAAUUCAAGUUCAUCUCCAAAAUCAUCUUUGACAAUUCGUGCUGGUUCACUUCAAUCAAAUGAAAUUUAUCAAUUUAUGGUUUACAUGGAAAAUCGAAAAAAUUCAUCUGUUCAAGCGACUGGUUAUGUUCUUGUUACAGUCGAAGUGACUCGUCCACAACUGAUCAUCAUCGGUUGUGUAAUCUCAACAAUGUGUAUUCCUAAUCUGGAAUUUCAAUUACUCAAUCCAACGACUCAAGUUGCUUUGACCAGUUUUUGUACUGGAAUGUGUGGCGAUCUUCAAAAUAUCACAUGGAAUGUCUAUGAAGGAUCAACUAAUUCAUCAGCAAAUUCGACAGUUAUAUGGAAAUUAUUUCCUUCAUCAAUCUCUUACGAAAACAUUUGGUUUUUCGGGACAUAUAUAAACAAUUUUACUGCUGAUAAUCGAUUGUUUAUUAAUAAUCCUCACGUCCAAUAUUGGCGAUUCGAAGCUGUGUAUUCAUUUCUAAAUGCAACAAGUUCAAGUGCAUUGAAUUUUGUCAUGAAUCAAUCUCCUGUCAAUGGUUCUUGUGUGAUUUAUCCACAGAAUGGAACAACAAGUACUUGGUUUAAUGUAUCAUGUCCAAAUUGGGCUGAUGAAGAUGAAGUAAAAGAUUAUUCUCUAUAUGCUUGGACAACGGAUAUUUCACAAAAAGUCAUCGUUGUUUAUUCACCGGAAUCGAUAUUUCAAGCUCGACUUCCACCAGGUGAUAAUCAAACUUCAUUAUUGAACAUUGUUAUUCAUAUUAGAGAUACACUUGAUUGUGUUACAAUAGUCAACAUGACUCAAAUUUCGGUUUUCAUAAAUCAAAAUGAAAUCAAUGAUUUGCAAAAUUUAGCAAAUCUCUCGAAUAAUAAUCCAAUUGUUCAAUUAUUGUGGAGUGGAAAUCAAAAUAUUGUUGAUCAAAUUGUCAAUUCAGUUUCACAAACACUGAAUCAAAUGAAUACUGAAAGUAUCGAUAACGCCAUUUCAAAUGGUCUUGUCGCAACAGAAAUCUCUGUUUCAUCAUUAGAAAGUACUUCAACUCCAAAAACCAUCUCAACAUCAUCAAAUAAUUCGUUUUCGAGUGGAUAUGAAAAAGAUUUGAAUAAUCAAGCGAAUGUUCGAGAUUAUCUCGUUAAUUUCUACGCAAAUCUUCUUAUCACAACAUCCAAUAGUAUCAUUUUACAAGCAUCGUCUUUAGCUCAAUUAACUCAAGCAACUAAUCAAUUAACACGAAAUACUUUACAAACUGCAUCAGAUCGAUGUUAUCAAUUGACCAUUGCUUUAUAUUCAUUGAAGACAAAAAUCGCUUUUGAAGAUAUGCAAACAGCCGCAACUCAAUUAAUUCAAUGUGCAUCGAAUGUGUUAACUGGAAUUAAUGGAGUUCUGCAACAACGAAUGUUGAUACUCGAUUCAGAUUAUUCUCGAGCAAAUUCUUUAUCAGAUGAUUAUAAUACAGAUGUCGAAUCUGAAUGGUCAAAUUUGAAUUUAUUUGCUGAUGGAAAUGAUUUUUCUACUGAAACGAUUGAAAAGAAUCGAAAUAUUUAUUAUCAAAAACAAUUAGCAAAUGAAAUCGUCACACAAACGAAUGAAAUCAUAUCUUUAUUAACAUCUUCAUUGAAUAUUCAUAUAAAUCUCGGGCAAAGUUUAACAAUAAAUACUUCAAGUACUUUCAUGUCAUUACAAACCAUAUCAAGCGAUUCAUUAUCAAAUAAAACUAUCAUUCAACCCGGUAAUGGUCAAUUUCAAAUUCCAUCAAAUAUCACAGCAAACAAUUCUUCAAUUUUUCUUCGAUCAAUGAUGACUCCACUUUCAUCACUUGGUUCAAGUCAAUCUCAAUCCAAUACAAAUCUUUCUCGAUCAAUUUCAUUAUCACUUUUUGAUAAAAAUGGAAUUGAAAUUUCCGUUGAAACCAAUAUGAUCGAUCCCAUUCGAAUGAUCGUACCACGUGAUCCAACUAUUGUUCUUCCAACGAUGUAUUUUCAAAAUGUAACAUCAAUCAAUUCAACUGAUUAUCAUUAUAUCUUUCAUUUCCAUUAUAUAAACAUUACAAAUUCUCUUCCAAUUUCAGUUCAUUUCGAAAUUCAUCCAUUGAAUUCAACACUUUCAUAUUUGUUUAUCUAUAGAUUCGAUCAGACGCCAUUAUUGAACAGUUCGAUUAACCUUAUCGAUGGAUGGACAAUCUUUUGUCCUUCGCAUUUAACGAAUGAAAGUCUUUAUACAUAUUUUAUUGAUAACCAACAAACAUCAAGUCAUCAAUCGUUAAUCUUCGGUUUUCGAGAAUUGAAUUCAACAGAAAAUAUUGAAUAUUGUUCGAAUAAUUCUAUUGGAAAUAUUCUUCCAAUUACAAACGAAUUGUUUCAUUUUACAUCAAAUUAUGAACUUCGUAUUUACACAUCGGGUUGUUAUUAUCUCGAUUCAACUAACAAUUGGAAAUCCGAUGGAUUACGCGUUGGAUCAUUGACAAAUCAUUAUGAGACGGAAUGUUUUUCAACACAUUUAACAACAUUCGCAGGUGGUUUUAUUGUUUUACCCGCACCAAUUAAUUGGAAUUAUGUUUUUGCAAAUGCAGAUUUUCUGAAAAACAAAACUGUUUACAUCACUGUCAUAUCUGUGACAACAAUUUACAUCGUCUUACUGAUCCUGGCACGUUUUCAAGAUCUUUCUAAUUUGAAAAAGGUAGGAGUUACACCCUUGUUGGAUAAUCAUGUAUCCGAUCGAUAUUAUUAUCAAAUCAUUGUGUUGACUGGUCAUCGUCAAAAUGCGGCAACGAAAUCGAAAGUUUAUUUCGUUUUAUCGGGUGAUGAUGAUCAGACACAUGUUCGAACAUUUGUUGAUCCUCAUCGAGAAAUCUUUCAACGUGGUGGAAUCGAUGCAUUUAUCAUGUCAGUUCCCAAAUCAUUAGGACCCUUAAAUUUCAUUCGUAUUUGGCAUGACAAUUCUGGUCCAGGUUCAUCGGCAUCGUGGUUUUUGAAAUAUAUCAUCGUUCGAGAUUUACAAACGAUGGAGAAAUUUCAUUUUAUUUCUCAAAAAUGGUUUGCUGUGGAAAAAGAAGAUGGACGUAUCGAACGUCUCUUACCCGUCGCCAAUGAUUCGGAAAAACAACAAUUUUCGUAUUUAUUAACCAAAAAAACUUAUCAUAGCGUGUCCGAUAAACAUCUCUGGUUUUCGAUCUUUUCACGUCCACCAGCAGCAAAAUUCACAUGUGUUCAACGAUGUACAUCUUGUUUCGUUCUGCUCUUCUCUUCGAUGUUAUUGAAUAUAAUGUAUUACGAUUUAUCGAAUGCAGCAAAAACAUCGAAUAGCACAUCAAGCUUCGAUUUAGCCAUUGGUCCAUUACACAUUACACCGGAACAAAUUGGAAUUGGUGUAAUGGUGGAAGUUUUGACGUUAAUUCCAAGUAUUUUAAUUGUUGAAUUUUUUCGACGUAUUCGAUCGCGUCAACAACUGUCGCCAUUACGUCAAGCGUUGAAUCAAAUCAAUCCAAAUACACCGACUGUAACUUCAAAACAGAAACGUCGAACGCAUUUGACAUUUCCAUGGUGGUGUUUAUUCAUUGCUUAUGCUCUUUCAAUUCUAAUUAUUCUUGUUUCGAUCUUCUUCAUCAUUGUUCGAGGAAUUGAAUUCGGUGAUGAUAAAGUGAAAAGAUGGUUAACAUCGGUUCUCACGGCAUUUUUCUCUUCGAUCUUAUUCACUCAACCUAUCAAAAUUGUUGUCUUCGCUAUAUUUUUCAUUUGUUUCUUUCGAAAUACGAAUGAUGAUGCAGAAACGAAUGAAUAUAUCGAUGAAUAUCAAAUGAAUUUCAAUGAAGAUGACGAAGAUUAUCUCCAAUCGAUCAAAAAUUAUUCGUUAGUAAAUGUUCAAACGCGACAACGUGUUAAUCGUUUAACUGAAGGUGAAGUUGUACAUGCUCGUGAUCAACGCGUAAAAGAAAUUCAAAUGUGGUCAAUUAUUCGUGAAUUCGUUAUUUACUUCGUCUUUUUCUUCUUAAUCUGUUCGAUAACAUUUGCGAGUCGCGAACAGAAUAGUUUUCUUCAAGUUCAACAUUUACGAAAAUAUUUUCUGAAUACUCGUCAAUCUACGAAUGAUUAUACUCAGAUCACAACUGUCACUCAAUUUUGGUUCUGGUCACAAAAUAGUUUUAUUUUAAAUCUUCGUUCUCAACAAUGGUACAACAAUGACAUACCGAAGUAUUUAAAUGGAUAUAUCAAUGAUAAAUCAAAUCGAUUGAUUGGAUGGGCAACAAUGAGACAAUUACGUGUCAAACCAUCAACGUGUUCUGAUCAACGAAUUAUUGAAAUUUGUGAAAAAGAUUAUAAUUUCUUCAAUGAAGAUAAACAAUCCUAUUCACCAGGAUGGACAAAUCAAAGUCUCGAUGAAACUUACAGUUCAUCAAUCAAGAAUUCAUUUCAAUAUCGCACAAGUGAUGAAUUAGAUACGUAUGUAUUCGUUGGACAACAUGGAACAUAUAGUGGAAGUGGAUAUGUUUAUGAAUUUCGUGGUCGAUUCACAGAUCUUCAAAGUAAUGUGUCAACACUUCAUGAACUUCAAUGGAUUGAUAAACAAACAAGAGCAAUUCUUAUUCAAAUAACUUUAUAUAAUCCGAAUGUUCAAUUAUUCACAUCUGUGACCUUACUUAUCGAAGUUUUAUCAACAGGUGAACUUAUUCCAACUUCUUAUUUUCAACCAUUAAACUUUUCCACAUUUACAUCAAUGUUUCAAUUGAUUUGUACAAUUAUUUACAUGGGUUUCAUAAUUUAUUUUAUGUUUAUACAAAUACGCGUAUUUCUUCGAUUGAAACGGAAAUAUUUUCAACAAUUUUGGUCAUUAAUUGAAUUAGGAAUCAUUGUUUGUUCAUGGACAAGUUUAGCAAUUUAUAUUUGGCGUUUCAAAGAAGCUCGUCGUAUCAGUUCAUUAUUUGAACAAACAAAUGGUUAUGUUAAUAUUAAUUUACAAUUAGCUGCAUAUGUUGAUAAUCUUCUCACUUAUCUUCUUGGCUUUUCUUGUUUUUUCAGUAUGGUGAAAUUUCUUCAAUUACUUCGUUUUGAUUCUCGUUUAUUAUUAUUCAUUCGAACACUUCAAUGUGCACAAAAAGAAUUGAUCUCAUUUUUGAUGAUGUUCAGCAUUGUUUAUAUGUCAUUUGUUUGUUUAUUUUAUUUCUUAUUCGUUUCAAAUAUGUCAUCGUGUUCAAGUUUAUUAUCCACGACACAAAUGUUAUUCGAAAUGACUUUGAUGAAGUUUGAUACAUCGGAAUUGAUCGAAGCGGAUGCGUUUCUUGGUCCAUUUGUAUUCGCUAUUUUCAUGUUCUUAGUUGUUUUCGUUUGUUUAAGUAUGUUCCUUUCAAUUAUCAACGAAAGUUUUCGUAAAGCACGAGAAAAUCCAGUGGAGAAUUCGGAAAUCUUAGAAUUUAUUAUGAGAAGAUUUAUACGUUGGUCAGGUUUGAAACGAUUAAGUAUGGCAACAAUUUAUGCUCAAAGAGAUACACAAAUGCGUUCGCAAUAUUGUGAUCCAAUCGAAGGGUUUCCUGACAAAGUCGAUCAAAUGCUCGUCAAACUCGAUAAAUUGUAUAUUGACCAGAAAUCUGAACUUCGAAAAUUGGAUAAACUUGAAUCUUUGAACUAA